AUUCGACCUUCCAGCCUUGCGUUGCUUGCUUCUAUUGCGACACUGCACACAAUUCCUUUAGCGAGACAUCUCGGUUAUACCCGUCUUUGACAUUAGGAACUUGUCCAUUGUGGUUCAUACGAUGAUCUUUUGAAGAAAACCAUUCUUGUCUGCUGUUAUCUGCAAUUAUGGACGACCCAGUUUUGGCAUCCUUGUCUCUGACCCAUGUUCGAUAUAAUCCUGAUGAUCCCAUAUCAUACCUUUCAGCAUGGCUAGCUUUGGUUCCUCAAGGUCUCUGUGUGGUUUACGUCACCUUGAUCUGGGCAACACGUGAAGUCGAGGUUCUUCUCAUGUUUGCCGGUCAAUUGGCUUGCGAGGCCCUCAACUUUGGUCUCAAACGGUUGAUUCGAGAAGAGAGACCCCGCCAAAUGUUUGGAAAGGGGUAUGGCAUGCCGUCCUCACAUGCCCAGUUUGUUGCCUUCUUCUCCGUUUCAUUGACCCUCUUUCUCCUGGUACGUCAUGUGCCGACUACUUCAACCAGCUACUCCCCUUCAACUUUUCAACAACGACUUCUCUUAUCGAUUCUGGCCAUUUUCUGUGCCGGCGCAGUCGCCGCUAGCCGUGUGUACCUUAAUUACCACACACCCAAGCAGGUUUUGGUUGGUGUUGCCGCCGGGGUUGCGUUCGCUUUGUUCUGGUUUGUUUUGACGUCUGUGUUGCAUCAACAAGGGGUCAUUAACUGGGCCCUGGACACGCGGGUUUCCAGGCACCUGCGUUUCCGAGACUUGAUCGCGACAGAGGACAUUCAAGAUGCUGGAUGGGGACGAUGGGAAUCUCGUCAGAAAGCCAAGCGAAAUGAGGUCCACGAUGCAUCUCACAAGAAGAGCCGGUGAUGACAAGUCUGCGGUUUUUAUGGUUUGUAGACAUAUUGGAUUACAGGCCAAUGGCUAUACGAGGUUUAAGAGGAAUGGGCAGAUGUCAAGACAGGCAGCACAAGUGAAUUACGUAGAUCUCGGCAAAUCGACCACAUAGCGUAGAUGCGAC